CUCUAUCUGUCUCUAUCUCUAGACGACUGCGGCGGCGGCGGCGGCGGCGGCGAUGGCGGGGAACGACUGGAUCAACAGCUACCUGGAGGCGAUCCUCGACGUCGGCCCGGCCCUCGACGACAAGCGGUCGUCGCUGCUGCUCCGGGAGCGGGGCCGCUUCAGCCCCACCCGCUACUUCGUCGAGGAGGUCAUCACCGGCUUCGAUGAGACCGAUCUCUACCGCUCCUGGGUUAAGGCCCAGGCGACGAGGAGCCCCCAGGAGAGGAACACGAGGUUGGAGAACAUGUGCUGGAGGAUUUGGAACCUGGCGCGGCAGAAGAAGCAGCUUGAAGGCGAAGAAGCCCAGAGAAAAGCUAAGCGUCGACUUGAACGUGAAAGGGGUCGCAGAGAAGCAACUGCGGACAUGUCUGAGGACUUAUCUGAGGGAGAAAAGGGAGAUGCAGUCAGCGAUAUAUCGACUCACGGUGAUAGCAACAGAGGCAGAUUGCCUAGGAUAAGUUCUGUUGAUGCAAUGGAGACAUGGAUUAGUCAGCAGAAGGGGAAGAAGCUUUACAUUGUAUUAAUAAGUGUUCAUGGCCUGAUACGGGGUGAAAACAUGGAGCUUGGCCGCGACUCGGAUACUGGUGGUCAGGUCAAGUAUGUCGUUGAACUUGCGAGGGCGUUAGGUUCAAUGCCAGGUGUUUAUCGAGUGGACUUGCUUACUAGGCAGGUAUCAUCACCAGACGUUGAUUGGAGUUAUGGCGAACCGACGGAGAUGUUGGCUUCAAGAAAUUCUGAAGGUUUAUCAGAAGAAAUGGGAGAGAGCAGUGGUGCUUACAUUGUCCGUAUACCUUUUGGACCAAGAGAUAAGUAUAUUCCGAAGGAACUUUUGUGGCCCCAUAUCCCUGAAUUUGUUGACGGCGCGCUCAACCAUGUAAUACAAAUGUCAAAAGUCCUAGGAGAGCAAGUUGGUGGUGGCCAACCAGUGUGGCCUGUUGCCAUCCAUGGUCACUAUGCUGAUGCUGGGGACUGCGCUGCUCUUCUAUCUGGGGCUUUAAAUGUACCAAUGCUAUUUACUGGUCACUCACUUGGUCGAGAUAAGUUGGAACAACUGCUCAAGCAAAAUCGUCUGUCCAAGGAUGAAAUCAAUACGACAUACAAGAUAAUGCGCCGCAUAGAGGCAGAAGAAUUGUCCCUUGAUUCCUCUGAGAUUGUGAUAACUAGUACUAGGCAGGAGAUUGAUGAGCAAUGGCGCUUGUAUGAUGGUUUUGAUCCGAUAUUGGAGAAGAAGCUACGAGCAAGGAUAAAGCGCAAUGUCAGCUGUUAUGGAAGGUCCAUGCCGCGCAUGGCUAUAAUACCUCCAGGAAUGGAAUUUCACAAUAUUGCUCCCCAAGAUGGUGAUAUGGAUGGGGAGAUGGAAGGAAAUGACGAUCAUCCUACUACCCCAGAUCCACCUAUUUGGCCUGAGAUAAUGCGAUUUUUCAAUAACCCUAGGAAGCCCAUGAUACUAGCACUUGCGAGGCCAGACCCCAAGAAGAACAUCACCACACUGGUUAAAGCAUUUGGAGAAUGCCGACCAUUACAAGAACUGGCUAAUCUGACUCUCAUUAUGGGUAAUCGAGAUGGCAUUGAUGAAAUGUCAAGCACAAAUUCUUCCGUCCUCCUGUCCGUGCUCAAGCUUAUUGACAAAUAUGAUCUUUAUGGGCAAGUGGCAUAUCCUAAACACCACAAACAAUCUGAUGUUCCUGAUAUAUAUCGGCUAGCCGCAAAAACAAAGGGUGUUUUCAUCAAUCCAGCUUUCAUUGAACCAUUUGGGCUUACUUUAAUAGAGGCAGCAGCUCAUGGUUUGCCGAUUGUUGCCACAAAAAAUGGAGGUCCUGUUGAUAUACACAGGGUUCUUGACAAUGGCCUUCUUAUUGAUCCCCAUGAUCAGCAGUCGAUUGCUGAUGCUCUUCUAAAGUUGGUGGCAGAUAAACAGCUCUGGGCUAGGUGCCGGCAGAAUGGACUGAAGAAUAUUCACCUAUUUUCAUGGCCGGAGCAUUGCAAGACUUAUCUCUCUAGAAUAGCAAGUUGCAAGCCCAGGCAUCCACAGUGGCAAAGAAGUGAGGAUGGUCUUGGAAAUUCAGAAUCUGAUUCGCCAAGUGAUUCCUUGAGGGAUAUACAGGAUCUGUCCCUAAAUUUGAAGUUCUCAUUGGAUGGGGAGAAGAAUGAAGCUAGUGGAAAUGAGAUAUCUGUAGGAUCUGAAGACAAUGCAACAGAUAGAAAAAAUAAGUUAGAGAAUGCUGUAAUGACAUGGUCCAAAGGUGUUUUAAAGGAUAGGAAAACGGGAUUAAUGGAGAAAUCUGAUCAGAAUGCCAACUCUUCCAAAUUUCCACCCCUGAGGAGGAGAAAGCACAUCUUUGUCCUUGCGGUGGACUGUGAUUCACUGACAGAUCUUCUUGAAAUCAUACAAAAGGUUUUCUCUUCUGUGGAUAAGGAAAGGAAUGAAGGCUCCGUCGGAUUUAUAUUGUCAACAUCUUUGACGAUGUUUGAGAUUCAUAGUUUUCUAGUUUCCGGGGGGUUGAGUCCUUAUGAUUUCGAUGCGUUUAUCUGCAACAGUGGUAGUGAUCUCUACUAUCCAUCUCUCAAUUCUGAGAACCGUCCGUUUGUGAUCGACUUCUAUUACCAUUCACACAUUGAAUAUCGAUGGGGUGGGGAAGGGUUAAGGAAGACUUUGGUUCGUUGGGCAGCUUCUAUUACUGACAAGAAGGCUGCAAAUGAAGCCCAGAUUGUCACUUUGGCAGAGAAGCUCUCCACCGACUACUGCUACACCUUUAAAGUGGAAAAGCCGGGAAUGGUUCCCCCGGUUAAGGAGCUGCGGAAGAUGAUGAGAAUUCAGGCUCUACGUUCGCAUGCUAUUUUUUGCCAAAAUUGGACCAGGCUGAAUGUCAUUCCAGUGCUGGCAUCUCGUGCCCAAGCACUUAGGUACCUAUAUGUCCGGUGGGGAGUCGACCUAUCAAAGAUGGUGGUUUUUGUUGGAGAAUGUGGUGACACAGAUUACGAGGGAUUGCUUGGAGGGCUGCACAAGAGUGUUAUACUUAAGGGGGUGUGUAGUAGCGCCAGCAAUCAAUUCCAUGCCAACAGAAACUAUCCUCUUUCAGAUGUCAUGCCCUUUGACAGCCCAAACAUCGUUCAGACAUCUCAAGACUGCAGCAGCGAUGACAUUCGGGCUUCUCUGGAGAAUUUAGGAGUCAUAAAAGAGUGAGAUUCUCCUCCACGACCUCUUCUAAACUUUUUUACGAGAGGUACUCGUCAUCAUCCCUCACAGCUUCACAUUCAUUCCUUCCCCCUUCUUUCAAGAUGCAUUCCGACGUAGCUGUUCUCUUGAUGAUGAAGCCUCUGUACGUGUUGAAUCCGAGCUGUAUUUGUGUUCCCUUUUUGCCUCAAAAGAGCCACCUUUCUCUUUUCUUUUUAUUCACUUCCUUGGGCCACGAGAUCCUGAGGUGGCCAUUAUCUUGCUGUUACUUGUAUAGUAGUGCCGUUGGAUUUCUGAUGCUCUUCUUUUGGACAAUGAUAACCAGUGCAAUCUCCCAAGAUGUUUCCUGUGUAUCUGAGGAUGAACAUGAUGUAUAUACAUAAGUUGCCUUCUCUCUC